AUGAUCAGUACUGCCGUCCACGGUAGACCAUGCGAGAGGAUCGCCAGUGGGCUACGGCCAUCAUAUGAAACAAGAAACCAAAUCACAAACAAGCAAAUGUUUAAGUAUAACAUCUAUGCUGGUCAAUAUGGGACGAAGGGCUGUGAUUCCAUUGCAAUGGCAUCUGAAACUGAUGAGAAAGCUAAGAUGGAGAGUUUGUCAUCUGCUGCAGCCUUUGUGGAGGGUGGCAUUCAGGACGCUUGUGAUGAUGCAUGUAGCAUUUGCCUUGAGGCUUUCUGUGAGAGUGACCCUUCUGCAUUGACUGGCUGCAAACAUGAGUUCCAUCUCCAAUGCAUUCUUGAAUGGUGUCAGAGAAGUUCACAGUGCCCAAUGUGUUGGCAGCCUAUUAGUAUGAAGGAUCCUACCAGUCAGGAGCUGCUCGAGGCAGUAGAGCGUGAGAGGAAUAUAAGAACCAAUCAAACUCGAAACACAACUAUAUUUCAUCAUCCUGCUCUUGGGGAUUUUGAGCUGCAGCAUCUGCCUGUUGGUAAUGAUGCUGAGCUUGAAGAGCGUAUACUACAACAUCUAGCUGCUGCUGCUGCUAUGGGAAGGGCACACCAUCUUGGAAGAAGGGAGGGGCACAGGGGACGAUCUGGCUCUCAUGGUCGCCCACAGUUCCUAGUUUUCUCGACACAUCCAAAUUCACCUUCCGCUGGCACAAUGUCUACAUCUUCUGCUCAUGUGGAGGGAGAAAAUGAUUCAAAUCCUGCCACCCCUAGAGCUAGUGAGUCAUCUCCACGAGCUAUUCGCAUUGGAGAUGCGGGAAACCAAAGUCCCAGGAUGCUUACCUAUGAUGCUGAACAGGAUGCUGUCGUUUCUUCCGGAAAUAGCACUCCUGUAUCGAGUCCUCGGUUUCUUAACAGGAGACACUCCACUGGACAGUCAACUCCAGACAGGGCUGGACCAUCGGAUGUUCAGUCUUUCUCAGACUCCCUGAAGUCUCGCUUAAAUGCUGUCUCUAUGAAGUACAAAGAAUCUAUUACAAAGAGUACACGAGGGUGGAAGGAGAGACUCUUUUCACGUAAUUCGUCCGUGGCGGAUCUUGGUUCUGAAGUGAGAAGAGAAGUUAAUGCUGGAAUCGCGUCCGUGUCACGGAUGAUGGAGCGUCUGGAAACUAGAGGAAAUAGCAGAACAGGUGAUAGCCCAACAGCAUCCACUUCUGAAGUUCCUCCCGCUACGGAAUCAAGCAAUGAAAGGAUUACAGAGAGCAACUCUGCUGCUGCUGCUGCUGCUGCUGGUGGUAGUGGUGGUAGUACUACUACCACUAUGAGUACCAGUUCUAGCAAUGCCUCUGCUCCUUGUGUCGCGACAUCUGGUUCAAAUUAG